CCUCGCCGCACUGCAAACCAUCGAGCGCAGGGACACCUAGCAAAGGAGCGCGCGCCAACCUCGUCGUCGAAACCCCGGCCCCUUUCUCCCGGGGCAGGCCGGAACCAUCCUGCGCGCGGCCAUGGCGACGGAGGUCGCGGGCACCCGGAAGCGCGGGGCGGCCUCCUUCCUGGACGACCCUUUCGAGGUGCUGCAGGCGAAGCGGGGCCGGUGCUCGCCGUCCGCCGCUGCGGUCGCGGUCGCCGACCUCGGGAUCAGCAUGGAGUUCGACUCCGUUGAGGCGCUCCAGUCCGUCUUCCCCGACGCCGACCCGCAGCUUCUGCGAGGCUAUCUCGAAGCGUCGGGAAAUGUCUUGGAUGCUGCCAUCAGAAGCUUCAGGGGUUAUUUGGCAUCGGAUUCAGCAACGACCAAUGCUGGUACCUCCUCAUCUGGAGUGGCAUCUGAUGUGCCGGAGAUGAAUGCUCCAACCAACAGCACUGAGUGGGCGGAGCUAAUUGUCAAGGAGAUACUGUCUGCUUCAGAUAUGAUCGAUGCCAGGGAUCGAUCCUUCAGGAUACUUGAAAUGUUCGACAAAUCUACCGCAAACUGCAGUACUCCUGAUGAAGCGCAGAAAAUGCGUGAGGAGCACAAGAUACUGAAGCAGAUGCUGGGAGGCCUGCUUCGGCAGACCAGCAUCCUGAAGCGAGCCGUCGUCAUCCAGCAUAACCUGCUCAAGGACUACCAGAACAUGGUGCAGGAGCGGUCCCAGUUCAUGGAGAUCGCCGCCAAGUACCAGAAGCAGAUCAAGGAGCUACAGGAGACGAACUACGCGCUGUCUAUCCAUCUCAGGCAGUCGAGUCAACGGAGUGGCAUGUCCGGGCACCGCAACCCCGACAUCUUCUAGGCGGCCACCGCAUCUGCGCUGAAGGUUAUGUGCUGAUUUGGAUGCGAGAUCCUGAGGCUGCGAUUCUCGAAGGAAUCAUCUAUAGUACAAGAAAACAUCUUUGUGUAGUUUAUGUUUGACACAAUAUGUAUAUACGUUUGGCGGCGAUCUUUUCGAAUUCGCAUCGGUAGCAUGGAGAUAUGAUAGCGAUCACUGGGAUCUCUUGCAACAUCACUGGCUGACUUUUGAUGAGGCCCAGAUAAGCUAUGCUUACUGUCUACUCGUGGAUUAGAUUAAUCGGAAAAGUCCUAAUAUUUUCAACA